UCCCCCCCCCCCCUCCUAGCGAGAUGAGCCCUUGUGAGUGAUGUACGAGGGGUAUAUAACAGUGCCGGCCGCCACGGCCCCGAGCACAGUGACCCAAGUACUCUGACAUGAUGAUCUCGGCUCGCACGCUGCUGGGCUGGGGGCUGUGCGCGCUGUGCGUGAGCGCGGCCCUGGCCGCCCCGGCAGAGGCCGAGAAGGGGGCCGCCAAGGCCGCCGCCGCCGCCGACGGGACCAGGUCGUCGCGCACAGACAAGCGCGGCCUCCACGGCCUCAUCGGCGACCCCUACUCCUUCGACCUACACGAGCACGGCCACCACCACCACCACGUCCUGGUGGGCGAGCCGCACGUCAAGAGCGUCGUCAUCACCAAGGAGGUGCCCGUCGGCAUCCCGCAGCCCUACGCCGUCCCCGUCAUUAAGCACGUCGCCGUGCCCGUCAAGGUACACGUGCCUGUGCCCGUCGACAGGCCCGUGCCCGUGCACGUCAUCAAGCCCUACCCCGUGCACGUCGACAGGCCCUACCCCGUGCACGUCGAGAAGCACGUCCCGUACCCGGUGCACGUGCCGGUCAAGGUGCCCGUGGCCGUGCCUCAGCCCUACCCCGUCAUCAAGCACUACCCCGUGCACGUGGCCGUGGAGAGGCCCGUCGCUGUGCCGCACCCGGUCCCCGUCUACAUCAAGGAGCCCCACUACCACCACUACCCCGAGGUCAUCCACCACGACCACCACGAGCUCCACCACGACCACGACCACCACCAUCACCAUCACGACCACUCGUACAGCUACAGCCACUUCAGCCACCACUGAGGGUGACGGAUCGCAUAAUUUAUUUAUAGAUCGAUUAAGCAAAAGAUUGUGCGGAAAUGUCGAAUUUUAUGGCUGUAAUAAAUGAAGCCGGGUGUUCACCGCGGAAUACCUAAUUUCAAA